GGCUGCGUUGUUAGCCUUGCGUAAAUGGCGCUUACAUGAUGAGCUUUAGUAUCGUGAAAGUUGUCGUAAUAUAGACUGUAUUGCGAUUUCAGCUUAGUUGAGAGAGAUUUUCUGUGAAUAUUUGAGCGACGACAACGUUUAACAUGGAUGUGGUACACUGAAAGUGAUAGUUCUGUGUAAUCAAAUCUUCAAAUUAAUGCUAAAUGUACGUUGUAUAAGACAGUCUAGCAGACCUCGGAAUGACUGGUAUAUGACAGUAAUUAAUGAAUUAAUAGUAGGUGGAACAAAACCCUUAGGAGGGGCAAGAGCAGUUGUGGAAACUCUAGGAUUGGAUGCUGGAGCUCUAGGGGAUGGAGAUCUGAGUGCUCUUACUUUGCCACACAAUAGUGAUCAAUUUAUAUCAUCGGAUCUGGAGACAUUAGUCAACAUUCAGGCAGAACUGGACCGUCUUAACUCAACAGUUGGAGUUGAGGAGACAUUAGGAGAGGAUUUAGAAGGUGGUGCAGACAGCUUAGCUGUGGGUGAAACUGUAGAAUCUGUGGUGACUGUUGUGAGUGAAGACCAUGGGCGAAGUGUUGUGGCACAUUCACCUGAAGCUAUCUUACCUGAAAUUAUGGAGGAGACCACGACAACGGUGGAAGACAUGGACAUGCAUGAGAUUGGAAUGUCUUCACCAUCCCCUGAAGCAGAGGAUCCAUUACAACAGCAAGAAAUUUCAGCUACACAAUUUACAUCAGUCAGUAAUAACCUUACAUUCACAUCAACAGUUGCUUCAAAAACUCCAGGUUCUUCAAUUGUUGUAAUACAGUCUCCUGUUGCCUCAAGUGCCAGUGUUAUCACUUCACCAAGUUUGGCUCCUACUCAUGUGACAGUCAGUGGUGGGCAAAUUGUGGGAAAGAUUGCAGGAAUGUCUAGCAAUGUUGCCAUUACUUCGGUGCCUCAGUUUCAAUCGUUAGGUCAGACAUUAGUUACAGCCAAAUCAGCAGAUGGAAACAUUGUUCAGUUGCGCCCUGCUAAUCUAAAUAGGCCAGUUAUGACAUCGAGUACAGCUGGUAAUCUUACAACUGCAAAUCUUCAAGGAAUCAAACCUCUCCAAGCAACCACAAAGCGUCCAGCUACUGGAACAGCGGGGCAGAUGAGGAAUGUCUUUGCAAAAGUUAUUAUAACUGGGAAUCAGCAUGGACAACAAGGACAGCCUAUCAUGCUAGCGACAUCCCAAGCUGGAGAGACAUUUUGCAGUGGACAGCCAAUUAAGAUCAUCAGUAGUGGAACUGGCCAAAGUAAUGUUUCUCUUCUUGGUAGUCCAACAAAGGCAAUCACAUUAGCUCAAGCUCAACAAAUGGGUCUCUUGUCGCCAACCAAACUUCAGCAGAUUUUACCAUCAUCUCCAACCAAACAAAGUAUUAUUGUAAACAAACUCAUGUCUUCUCCUGUGAAGUCCCCUGCGAAAAUAACAAUGAUGCCAGCCUCAGCUGUUGUAAAAUCUCCUACUAAGAUACUCCCAGCUCCUGUGAGUGGUGUGACGCAACUGAAAUCAGCAGUAUCCAUAGCAUCAGCUGUAGGAGGAAUAGGUGGUACUGUUAGCACAACUGUAAAGCCACUUCUUAGUCCCCAGAAAGUCAUAAUUCGACAGGGUGCCUUGAAAUCUGGUACAGUGCUGACAUCAUCUUCUGGAACUGGACAAGUAAUAAGGAUACCAGCCACUCAGAAUGUAGUUGGAACAUCAGGCAGUAUAGCUCAACUUCAGAUGCCAGGUGGAAGACAGUUGCAAUAUGUGAGAUUAGUGAGCUCUUCAGGAAGUAACACUUCAACAGUUAUGAGUACGGGGAAAUCUCGUACUACAUCUGUUGUGCCAGUAAGUGCUGUUAGUGGAGGCAAGCCUGUUUCCCUUUCUACUAUGCGAAGUCAGCAACAGACUGUCAAAAUGGUACCAAUAGCCCCUGCUAGUCCAGCUGUUCGUACGGUUGUACCAAAGUCAACUGGCCAAACUGGACAGAGGAUAUUAAUCCCGGCAUCUGCACCUGUAACGCAACUUCGUGCUGGAUCAAACAUUGCGACAUUGUCAGCUUCUGCUGUGAAUCAGAUCACAUCGGGGGCCACAAUCUUACCGUCUGGUACCAGCAGUUACGUAAUGCUUCCUGCUCAGUAUGUUCACCAGUUACAAAAUCAGAGCCAUCAACAGCAGAGUAUCCUCAACACACACAACACUGUUAGUCAUUCAUCCAGUAACAGUGCGGCCAGUGCAGAACCACACAAUCAGUCCAGGCCAAGUGUAGCAACACGGACAACAUUAGAGCCAAAUGGUAUCCGGCCAAGGAAACCUUGCAAUUGUACCAAGUCUCAGUGUCUCAAAUUAUAUUGUGAUUGCUUUGCCAAUGGUGAAUUUUGCCACAUGUGUAAUUGUAAUAAUUGUUUCAAUAAUUUGGAACAUGAAGAGGAUCGACAGCGAGCCAUCAAGUCUUGCCUUGAAAGGAAUCCCAAUGCUUUUAGGCCAAAAAUUGGCAAAGGUAUUGUGGGUGAUGAACGACGACAUAAUAAGGGUUGUAAUUGCAAGCGUUCUGGAUGUCUGAAGAAUUACUGUGAAUGUUAUGAGGCGAAGAUACCGUGUUCCAACAACUGUAAAUGUGUGGGUUGCCGGAAUGUUGAGGAGACUUGUGACAAGAAUACAUUAAGAGAUUUAGCAGAAGCAGCUGAAGUUCGUGUUCAGCAGCAGACAGCCAUUAAAAACAAGCUCUCAGCCCAGAUACAGGAUAUUGCCUUUCGACCACCACCACCACCAGCACAGAGUGGAACAAGGCAACCAUUCAACUUCAUGACACAGGAGGUGCUUGAUGCAACAUGCAUGUGUUUGCUAGCGCAGGCAGAGGAAGCAGAGCGCAUGGAGAAUAGCGAGGAGGAGGCAGAACGUUUCAUCAUUGAGGAAUUUGGAAGAUGUUUGGUGCAGAUUAUAGAAUGUGCUACCAAAACUGAAGCAAACUCAAUGCCAAUAUGAGGAUUCAUCCUUUAUUCUUCAAUGAUUGCCAUAUCACUGAGAAACUUUAUAAAAGUACAAGAUGUUCAUUAUUUUUGUGAAGUGGUGCGUCAUUAAAUACUGUAUAGUAUUACCAUUGUGCAUAAACAAAUAUGUAAAUACUUCGCUGUUUUUAUCUACCUGAGUGAACUGUUUGUGUUAAUGAAUAGUUUUCUUGAUGUUCAUCAGCAUGUCAGUAAUCUUAUGUAGUGUGUCAUAUGGGGAACUCUUCAGAAACGUUGAGAGCUCAUAUAGCAGAUACUGUCAUCGAUACCAAGGGAGAAAUAAUUGUGCUACCAGAUUAUUUUAUCAGUGCUGUUCUUUAGCAGGUUGGUAUCAGGUAAGAUUGCUGGUGUAAACUGUACAUAGAAUAUAUAUGAUUCUUUGGGUUCCAUGAAACCAAUAAAUUUGUUGACCAGUUGAAUACCUUGUACAGAGUGAUCCAAAAUGAACGUAUUAAGUUUAAACUCAAUUUUCUCUGCAAAAAGUGAUCAUAAUAUGAAGAAACUUUGCUGACACACUGUAAUACUUAUGCCAUUUGUUUUCAUUCCAUUCUGUACAGUACCGAGCAGCAAAUAUUCAUCAUUAAAGAGUACAUUCGAUCAUCUGAAAGCCCAGAAGGUCAUUCCAGGUAAAGUUUGGCAUCAAAGUUGGACCAGACAGGCACACAAUUUUAAGCCUUGUCAAGAAAUUUUGCAGGACAGAAUCAGUUUUUGAUGAUUAUUCUCAAAGCAACAGGCCUUCAGCAGCAAGGACUGAAACUAAUACUCAGAAUGUUUGAGGGCAAACACACUGAACACGUAAUAUAAAUGGCUUAAGAUGCUGAUUUGAAUGAGAUUUUUGUGCCUCAUCACUCAGGUGAAAUAAAGCAUUAAACUUGGUAGGUAGAUUUUGCAUCAUACUGCAAGUAUUCAAUGUAUACCUUUUAUCAUGGAGUUAGUUGUAUUUUACCUACAGAAAAGUCAGGUAGCAUAAUUAAGUCUCUUAGCUUGUAGAUCAGUUUGCUUUGAACCCAUUUUUUAAUAGUAGAAAUGGAUCAUUUUUCAGCAGUGGGUUGAGAAACACUUAAAUCAUUGAAACCACAUUUGGCACUCGGUGUUUUUGUAAUUAGGUGCUGUUAACAAGAUCCAAAAUAAUGCUGAUAAUUCUUAAAUGGAACAAAUGUGCUGUAAUUGAUGGUCUUGUGCAGUUGCAUACAAAAUUAUCUAAUACCUGGCAAAAGUUUUAUAAUUUUCUUCUCUUUCAUUGUACUUUUAACACCACAUGCAAUGUGUUCAUAAUUCCAAGUGAGAGUUUUCUAAGUAAAUUUUGUUAGUGAUGGCAGUUACUAAUUAGCGGUUUGGUUCUAUUUGUGAUUGUAUAACUGAACAUUAGGUAUAUUUUAACUGGUUUGUAGAGAUUUAUUAAAUUUGAAGUGCAGAGUAUAUACAUAUAUAAUGCUCCCAUUGUAAAGGUAAGUAGAUGGUGCUGUCUAGUCUUUACCUCAUGCCCUUGGCUAAUUUCUUUUUUGGCAUUUUUAUGACAAAUAACAGGAAGUAUGAAGAAGUUGGAUAUCAAAUUAUUAUCAGCUGGUUUUCAACAUGUCAUAAACCUGCUUAAAGAUUUAUGAUUGGGAAAAGUUUUGUAGUUCUGUGUGGUAAUUUUUCAUAAGUGAUGUAACUGUGGAAGGAAGCAUAAUAUAUGAGUUACAUGGAGAAAGGAAAGAAUUUGUGUACCCACUUUGCUUGUCUUUUUCCUUAUCUAUAUGGUACUACUAUUCCAGCUUGCAAACCAUACGUUGUUAAACUAUUUUUCAUAAAAACACCUUGAAGUAUUUUAACACAUUUUCUAUUUUGAUGUUCAUUCUUAUGUUGUGGUAUGUAGCUGCUUGAUGUCUUUUUUAGUGUUUUUAACACAAACAUAGCUCUAGAACGGAUACUGGAACUACUUGUACAUUUUUAAGUUGAUCAUAAACUCGUACAACACAUUUAAA